GACUUUUAGGGUUUUUUUUUGGCUUCGAGCAACAAAAAAAAAAAAAAAAAAUCUCCGCAACCGAAGAGAAACUCUGAGAUCGGAAUCAAUGGAGUCUACAAUUUCGUUGAAGGUGAAAGGAAAAGGCAAAGGAUCAAAGGGAGCUUCGUCUUCCGAUGACAAAUCCAAGUAUCAGGUCGUUAAGGAAUGGACCAAUUGGUCAUUGAAGAAGGCUAAAGUCGCGACUCACUAUGGCUUCAUCCCUCUGGUCAUCUUCAUCGGCAUGAACUCCGAUCCCAAACCUCAUCUCUUCCAGCUCCUUAGCCCUGUCUGAUCCAUCCAAUUUCCAUCAUCAACGAAGCUUUUGAUCAAUCGAAUCGAAUCGAUCUUCUCCUGUGGUUUGGCUUCUUCAUAUCUCUCUACGCGUGUUCUUAGAUUCGCCGAAUCUUCUUUAUGCUUUUUUUCAUUAGCUAGUUUUGAAAUACUUUCUCUAUGGUUCUGUAUUGAAUAACUUUAGCUUAUGCUAUUAAUUAAUGUGAAAUCGAAUUUUAUGUUUUGAUAA